UACUAACAAUGAUGUCUAAUCUCAAUGCAAGGGAUAAUGUUUCAACUCAGAAGUACAAAUCUCCUACUCGGGGAAAGGCAACAAUUCUUGCAUUAGGCAAAGCCUUCCCUAGCCAACUCGUUCCUCAGGACUGCUUAGUGGAGGGCUAUAUCCGCGACACCAAAUGCGACGAUCUUGCCAUCAAGGAGAAGCUUGAGAGACUUUGUAAAACGACUACCGUGAAGACUAGAUACACCGUUAUGUGCAAGGAUGUGUUGGAAAAAUACCCAGAACUCGCCACGGAAGGCUCUCCAACCAUCACGCAACGCCUAGAGGUGGCAAACCCAGCCGUGAUCGCGAUGGCGAAAGAGGCAAGCCUGGCUUGCAUAAAGGAUUGGGGGCGCCCCGUGGAGGAAAUCACCCACGUCGUCUACGUUUCCUCCAGCGAAAUCCGCUUACCCGGAGGCGAUCUUUACUUGGCCACCGAGCUCGGCCUGAGAAGCGACGUCAACCGCGUGAUGCUCUAUUUCCUGGGCUGCUACGGCGGCGUCACCGGCCUCCGGGUCGCCAAAGACAUCGCGGAAAACAACCCGGGUAGCCGCGUCCUGUUAACCACCUCGGAAACCACCAUCCUCGGCUUCCGCCCCCCCAACAAGGCCCGCCCCUACGACCUCGUCGGGGCCGCGCUUUUCGGCGACGGAGCCGCGGCGGUCAUCGUGGGGGCCCACCCCAGGGAAGACCUCGAAAACCCAUUCAUGGAACUGAGCUUCGCCGCCCAGCAAUUCCUCCCCGGGACCCAGAGCGUGAUCGACGGGCGGAUCUCCGAGGAGGGGAUAAACUUCAAGCUGGGAAGAGAUUUGCCGGAAAAGAUCGAACACAACAUCGAGGAAUUCUGCAAGAAACUAAUGGGGAAAGCCAAUAAUAAUAAUAAUCCCAAUUUGAGUUACAAUGAUUUGUUCUGGGCGGUCCAUCCGGGUGGGCCGGCGAUUCUGAAGAGGCUGGAGGGGACUCUGGGGCUGAGGACCGAGAAGCUGGAGUGCAGCAGAAGGGCAUUGAUGGAUUUUGGAAACGUUAGUAGCAACACUAUCUUCUAUGUGUUAGAGUAUAUGAGAGAUGAGCUGAAGAGAAAGAGCGAAGAAGAUAAUGAAGAGUGGGGGCUUGCUUUGGCUUUUGGACCUGGAAUCACUUUUGAAGGGAUUCUUCUAAGGAAUCUGCACUGAUGAUGGAUCCAUAUUUCAU